CUGGCAGUUGGAGCCGUUGGAACAUAGAGGGGAGGCGACCAUUAUCAUUCUUCCUUUGAUUCCCCCGCUAUGCAAGCCUAGAAAAAAAAAUUGAGGCCUUGUCUCUGCAACACAGGUUAGCAGUUAUCGUCACAUAUACACACGGGCACACUGAGGUCCAGCCCUACCAUUGGGUAGAGUGCAGCAGCUGUCUGAGACUGGCAUGAAGUUUUUCAGGACGCAGCUGUGAGGUGUUGGAGAACAGACCUGUGUGUCGCACACAGCCUGCUAAUGUGACCCCAAAGCUAACCUCUGACUGGAAGUGACCACCGAGGCCACAUAAUACCAGUCUUGAAAGACCUACACAGGCUCCCAGUAUGUUUUCGAGCACAAUUCAAAGUGUUGGUGCUGACCUUUAAAGCCCUAAACGGCCUUGGUCCAGUAUACCUGAAGGAGCGUCUCCACCCCCAUCGUUCUGCCCGGACACUGAGGUCCAGCACCAAGGGCCUUCUGGCGGUUCCCUUGCUGCGAGAAGCAAAGCUACAGGGAACCAGGCAGAGGGCCUUCUCGGUGGUGGCACCCGCCCUGUGGAACCCCUCCCACCAGAUGUCAAAGAGAAAAAUAACUACCAAACUUUUAGAAGACAUCUGAAGGCAGCCCUGUUUAGGGAAGCUUUUAAUGUUUAAUAGACUAUUGUAUUUUAAUAUUCUGUUGAAAGCCGCCCAGAGUGGCUGGGGAAACCCAGCCAGAUGGGUGGGGUAUAAAUAAAUUAGUAGUAGUAGUAGUAGUAGUAGUAUACAGUGGAUGAUGCUGUCUUGUCAGCAGUGUUGAACAAAGGGUCAACAGACAUUUUGGCCAUCUUUUGUAGGUGGACUAGGAAGUGGGGCACGAUUUUGUCCUUCACCAGAGGCAGCAAAAUGUCUUGGGGUAAUCUUGGGAUCGCCAUUCUUAGAGGCAGGAAACAUGAAAGUUUACAGUAUCAGGUGGUUACAUGGCUGGAGACAUUUUUAUGAGAAAAUGUAUUGUGGUAUCAUGAGAACACAAUACCUUUGCAAUGCUGCGGUCUGAAACACCUAUGUUCAAAUCUGCAAGUACUAUGUUUGCAUGUUAGCAAUUAAAUUAAAAAGUGUCCUUAAAAAAAAUUUAAUGUCAAAAAAAAGUUAAAAGUAAACCUAACAUCUGUGAGAAAUUCCAGAUCAGAAGCUCCUGGAAACUCUUGGACAGGAAUAGGAAGCUGAAUCCUAGACGAUAGCCAUAAUUCUCCCUUUCCCUUUGGAAAUAGGUUGAUCACAGGUUGUAGCUGACAAAACAAAUUCUAUAUUUAGUGGCAGUAUGAUUUUUGGGUACCCAAAUUGGUUACCCGAUUUGAUGCAAAACUUGUCCAACAUACUUCAAUGCAGAAAUAAGCAGCUGUCCCGUACGGGGAUCAAACCUGCAACCUUGGCAUUAUCAGCACCACACUCUAAGAGGCAGGAUGUGGAACUGAGAAAAAAUUUCAUAGCCUAGGAUUUCAAGAACUUGGAUUAGGACAGCCUUCCCUAAUCGGGUUCCCUCUAGAUGUUUUGGGCAACCCCAUCAUCCCUGACCAUUUGUCAUGCUGGCCAAGGCUAAAGCUAGAUUGUAAUCAAAAACAUCGAGAGUGUGCCAAGUUGGGGGAUUUAUUUUAUUUUUUAUUGCAUUUACCGUAUUUUUCGCUCUAUAAGACGCACCCGACAAUAAGACGCACCUAGUUUUUAGAGGAGGAAAACAAGAAAAAAAAUAUUCUGAAUCUUUUAUUUCUGUAGAGCCUCUUUACAAAAGCUUGAUUUUGCAAGUGAACAGGAGAAGCAUUUUAACAGGCAUUAGUGCUUGGAUUUCAUUCUCUCACAGGAAGCCCCAGAAAAAAAAGAUGGGAUCAUCUGGCCGUUUGGAGAGAUAGAGGCACAUGGUUUGGGCAGUGAUGGAAUCCAAGACUGACUGAAGAGGGAAAACAAGAAUAAUGUUCUCCUGUCUGUUUGUCAAGUUGCUCUGGGGGCUAUACAAGGGCUAUCACACAACAACCUCACAAUAACCCAGUGAGGUUAAGGUGGCCCUCUCUGCGCAGUGCCUCUCUAGAGAAGCGGGAGGAGAAACGGAGCCCCUUCCGUUUUUCCUCCCGCUUCGCUGAAGAGGUGCUGCGCAGAGAGGGAGAGCUGCACAGCGCCAUUCGCUCCAUAAGACGCACACACAUUUCCCCUUACUUUUUAGGAGGAAAAAAGUGCAUCUUAUGGUGCGAAAAAUACGGUAUAUACCACCUUUACUCCAAGGAACUUAAGGUGGUGUGCAUGGUUCUUCUCGCUGAAUUUCCCACAACAACCCUGUGAGGUAGGUUAAGCUGAAAGGCAGUGACUGGCCCAAGGUCAUCCAGUGAACUUCAUGGCCGAGUGAGAAUUUGAACCCUGGUCUCCCAGGUCCUAGUCUGACACAUUAGCCACUACACCACACAAGGCUGAGUUAGUGGGAAAGGCUGUUUGAGCUCUAUAGUCUUUUUCUAUUUCCAGAUAGGUGAAUGUGAUGAAGCUGCCGAGUGAUUCCUGAGCCUUUUUUAGAGGCUGGGAUAAUGGAUUCCCUGAGGGAUAGCGACGAAGAGGAUGGCAUAGAAAAACCUCUUCCGUCUCAUGAAGCCUAUUUAUGUCAGGGUAAGUCUCAUGAUCUCCCGAGUGGUGGGAAAUGGGAUGGCUCACUCCUGGGUGGUGGGAACCAAGUCCUGCAGGGAACAGUUGGAAGAGUUAGGUGUGGAAAGAAGAGAGAAAUGGCAAAUCAAGCUUUUAGACUACGCCAAAAUGGCAAAACUGACUGGAAAGCUCAGGGACCAAGAAGACAAAAACUUAAAGAAAGAAUGGGGGGGAUUUACAAUUUAUUUAGGAGACAACUGUAAGCAGAUGAAAACAUCAGCAGGAUUUUAAUCUCACUUGUAAUGUAACAAAUACUAUGGACAAUGUGGAUAGAUUUAAAAUGUAGAUUAUGAAAUAAUAUGCAGUUGAAAAUGUUGACAGUAGGACCCAUGGAUCAGAUGGGAGGGGGGAGUCUUGAGAUCCAGAGAAAUCUCUCUAUAUGGAUAUGUAUUUGGUUUUGUUAUAAAUUUACAUUUGUAAAAUCAAAUAAAAGCGAUUUCACCCCCCCCCCAAAAAAAAAUGGGUGGAGGGAAGUACUGGGCUGUGGGGGAGGGAGGUGACGCGAUUAAUUGAAACUGUUAAAGAUUGGUAUAGGAUUUAAGAGAUUUAAAUUUUCAUAAAGAUUCUAUAAGGAAAGCAGAAAGCAGCAAGAAAUAUCAAGUAAAGAUAUCGGAGAGGAGAUCAGUGUAAAGGAAAACAUGAGACUUAUGGUUUUGUUACAUAUGAUUUUAUUUUGGAGUUAUCUGUUUAUUUUGGAGUUGUUUGUUGUAAAGAAUGUAUAUGAUGUGAACAAAAUAAUAAAGGAUUUUUUAAAAGGAAGAGUUGGGUGUGGUAAGCCCGGAGAAGAGAAGGUUAGGAGAUGGACAUAACAGUUGCCUUCAGAUAUCUGAAAGACUGUCUUUGCAAAUGUUGGAGCAGACGUAUUCUCUGUUGCUCCAGAGAACUUAGAACCAAUGGGUGGAAAUUGCAGGGAAGCAAAGAUUCCCAAGCUACAGUUUAUGAGAAACAGCCUGAUGCUCAGAAUUAAACAGACUGCUUUAGGAGGUGGUGGGCUCUCCACAAAUAGUAUCUACGCCGAGCUAUAUGGCUACUUGUCAGGGAAGCUGUUGCUGCAUUCUACAUUACAGAGCCUGUGCUGAGCUUCAGGGUUAGACCAUAGAAUCAUAGAAUCAUAGAAUCAUAGAAUCAUAGAGCUGGAAGAGACCACAAGGGCCAUCGAGUCCAACCCCCUGCCAAGCAGGAAACACCAUCAGAGCACUCCUGACAUAUGGUUGUCAAGCCUCUGCUUAAAGACCUCCAAAGAAGGAGACUCCACCACACUCCUUGGCAGCAAAUUCCACUGUCGAACAGCUCUUACUGUCAGGAAGUUCUUCCGAAUGUUUAGGUGGAAUCUUCUUUCUUGUAGUUUGGAUCCAUUGCUCCGUGUCCGCUUCUCUGGAGCAGCAGAAAACAACCUUUCUCCCUCCUCUAUGUGACAUCCUUUUAUAUAUUUGAACAUGGCUAUCAUAUCACCCCUUAACCUCCUCUUCUCCAGGCUAAACAUGCCCAGCUCCCUUAGCCGUUCCUCAUAAGGCAUCGUUUCCAGGCCUUUGACCAUUUUGGUUGCCCUCCUCUGGACACGUUCCAGUUUGUCAGUGUCCUUCUUGAACUGUGGUGCCCAGAACUGGACACAGUACUCCAGGUGAGGUCUGACCAGAGCAGAAUACAGUGGCACUAUUACUUCCCUUGAUCUAGAUGCUAUACUCCUAUUGAUGCAGCCCAGAAUUGCAUUGGCUUUAGCUGCCGCGUCACACUGUUGGCUCAUGUCAAGUUUGUGGUCAACCAAGACUCCUAGAUCCUUUUCACAUGUACUGCUCUCAAGCCAGGUGUCACCCAUCUUGUAUUUAUGCCUCUCAUUUUUUUUGCCCAAGUGCAAUACUUUACAUUUCCCCCUGUUAAAAUUCAUCUUGUUUGUUUUUGCCCAGUUCUCUAAUCUUUCAAGGUCGUUUUGAAGUGUGAUCCUGUCCUCUGGGGUGUUAGGUGUUAGCCACCCCUCCCAGUUUGGUGUCAUCUGCAAAUUUGAUCAGGAUGCCCUUGAGUCCAUCAUCCAAGUCGUUGAUAAAGAUGUUGAAUAAGACCGGGCCCAAGACAGAACCCUGUGGCACCCCACUAGUCACUCUUCUCCAGGAUGAAGAGGAACCAUUGAUGAGCACCCUUUGGGUUCGGUCAGUCAGCCAGUUACAAAUCCACUGAGUGGUAGCAUAGUCAAGACUGCAUUUUACCAGCUUCUUUACAAGAAUAUCAUGGGGCACCUUGUCAAAUGCCUUGCUGAAAUCAAGGUAGGCUACAUCCACUGCGUUCCCUUCAUCUACCAGGCUUGUAACUCUGUCAAAAAACGAGAUCAGGUUAGUCUGACAUGACUUAUUUUUCAGAAAUCCAUGCUGACAAUUGAUGAGCUUCAGGGUUACUUCUGGUUCUAUAAUUCCAUUUCCCCAAAAUCUCGCUGUUGUGUGGAGAGAGAGUAACAACAGCUUUGUUUCCUUUCUUCUUUUUAAGGCUUGAAACAGCUAUACCAGACCCAGCAGCUAUGCGAUGUCACCUUGGGCGUGGAAGGAAAGAGCUUUCCUUGCCACAGGUGAGUCUGUACCAUUGCAGGCAGUGGUAACCCCUUGCAGACAAAACAAAACUUGUUUUGAUCCUGGCCUAUUUCCCACCACAACAGGGACAAUGUUGUUUUAUGUAGAAGGAACUUUUCAGCAGGUAGAUCUAAAUGGCUUUUGGGUCCCAUGUGGUCCUGUGGAAGUUCUAGGACUUGAGCCAUACACUUACUCGGUGCUUGUAUCCAGAAAUAUAAAUCCCCUACCUAACUCUUUCCCUUCUGGUGGUUUCCAGCAUGGCCAAUAGUCAGGGAUGAUGGGAGUUGCUGUCCAAAACCUCUGGAGGGCAGCAGGUUGGAGGAAGCUGCCCAACACCAAGGCUUGAGAGUUAUCAUCACCUCUGUCACAUCUGCCUUGAGUUUCAACCUAUUAGGUCUCACUCUGUCCAGAAUAGCAUCUAGGCAAUCCAGGAAGACACAAGGACAGCUGAAUUGGAUGAAAAAGAGAGAAAUAGAGUCUUGUCAACAUAUGGAUGCCACCACAGUUCAAAUCGAGGGACUCCUUGCAUCUGAAUGCAGAUUUUUCUCCAGUGUUGGGAACAAAGGUCCGUAUAGUUAAAGCUAUGGUUUUCCCAGUAGCGAUGUAUGGAAGUGAGAGCUGGACCAUAAAGAAGGCUGAUCGCCAAAGAAUUGAUGCUUGUGAAUUAUGGUGCUGGAGGAGACUCUUGAGAGUCCCAUGGACUGCAAGAAGAUCAGAUCUCUCCAUUCUUAAGGAAAUCAGCCCUGAGUGCACUGGAAGGACAGAUCCUGAAGCUGAGGCUCCAAUACUUUGGCCACCUCAUGAGAAGAGAAGACUCCCUGAAGAAGCCCCUGAUGUUGGGAAAGAUGGCGGGCCCAAGGAGAAGGGGACGACAGAGGAUGAGAUGGUUGGACAGUGUUCUCGAAGCUACCAGCAUGAGUUUGACCAAACUGCGGGAGGCAGUGGAAGACAGGAGUGCCUGGCGUGCUCUGGUCCAUGGGGUCACGAAGAGUCUGACACGACUAAAUGACUAAACAACAACAACAAAGGAACCUUGUGAUAUCCCACAGAAGAAUAGUCACUAGUUAGAGCAGCUAUGACUCCACAUUACCUUCCGAAAGCACCAGAGGGCACCCCACAAUAUAGUGCCACUCUGUCCUAAACCUGAGAAAGGUCCAGGAAGACUGGAUGGCCAGUCAAAUGAAAGAGCACUGAGAGGUCUUAGAGCAGGGUUCCCCAAGCUUGGGUCUCCAGCUGUUUUUGGACUACAACUCCCAUCCUCCUUAGCUAGCAGGACCAGUGCUCAGGGAUAAUGGGAAUUGUAGUGCAAAAAUAGCUGGAGAUCCAAGUUUGGGAAACCCUGUCUUAGAGAAUCCAAACAACUCUCCCUUUUCCAUGGCCAAAAAAGAAAAAGAACAUUAGUCAGAGAAUCUUCUUGUUCCCUUUCAUGAUUCAUGGCCUCCUCAGUAGUGGCUCCACAUGUAUAGAAUGCUCUCCCCUGACAGGCCCACCUGGCAACUAAUUUAAUGCAUUUUUGGUACCAGACAAAAAAAACCCCAACCCUUUUCAUUCUCUCAGGCUUUUUAAGUGUUUCUAUUAAAUUCUAAAUUCUCUACUUCUGCUGUUUGUAAUGCAGCUUACCCUCAGUGUUUUAAAACUGCAUUUUGAAGCUUGUUCUGGUUUUUGUGAUUUUACUUGGCUUUACUCUUUUCCUGCACAAUGCCUAGAAGGCAAUAAUAGUGGGGGGGGUCCCCUGCAUAGCUGUCAACGUUUCCCUUUUUUAAAGGGAAAUUCCCUUAUUCUGAAUAGGAUUCCUCGCAAGAAAAGGGAAAAGUUGACAGCUAUGGUCCCCUCUCCAGUAAAUAUAGCUAAUAAAUAAUGUGCACGUUUCUUCUUUCCAAAUGCAGGAUGCUGUUGGCGUCAGUCAGUCCUUAUUUCAGAGAUAUGUUCGUCCAUUCUGAGUCACACAAUGGGGAGAUCCAGCUUGAGGACAUCACUGCUUCCACACUCCAUUGCCUGCUGGACUAUCUCUACACGGAAGAGGUGUCUCUCACUGCAGAAACUGCCCAGGACCUCUUUACUGCAGCUAGCAAGCUCCAGAUCCUUCCACUGAAAGAGACUGCUGGAAGGUAAUGCAAGUGUCAAGUCAAUAAUAAUAAUUUAAAAUUUUUAUUUGUACCCCGCCCUCUCUGGCCAGAGCCGGGCUCAGGGCGGCUAACAUCAUGAAACUAAGACAGGAUACAAAGAAGUACAGGAGUUCCCUUCUCCCUUCUCACUGAUUAGAAUUAGCAAGCAUUUGGUAGAUCUGUAGUCCUUCUAUUACAGCAUUAUGUUGCAAGCACAAACAGGCAAACUUCCGUAAGGAUAUCCGUUGCCUACUCUGACUCCUCCCCACUUCUGCAGCAAGUCCCUCUCCCUGCCCAUGUCUCCUUUGUUCUCUGACACGCUCGGACCUCUGAGUUUGGGGGGAGGGAGGGGGUUCCCCCCCACUCCCAAUUGAUGUAUCGCCCAGCUGCUCCCUCCCUUCUGGUUGCUUAGCUACUAUCUCAUAACUGGGUAGCUCCUCUCUCUGUGCAGCUUCUGUGUCUGCCUGUCUCUCUGCUUCUGGAAAUGCUGGAAGCAAGGAGGGGGAAAUAUUCCUCCUCUUCUAUUAGGAGUUGAUCACCCUGUGAUUGCAUUUCCCAAUCUUUCGAUCCAGACCAGUCCCUGACAGCAAGGAAGUCGCCCCAUUCCAUUUUAAAACUUUUGCACACAUUGCAAGACUGCCACAUUCCCAAGCAUAGCAAACUGAACACCUAAGAACAUAUGGGUGUAAGAGGACACCUGGUGGAUUAGGCCAAAGGCCCAUCUAGUGCAGCAUCCUGUUUGCACAUUGGCCAACCAGGUGCCCGUGGGGCGGAGCACAACUUUGCACUCUGAACACCUGCCACAGCAUUGUGCACUAACUGUAGCUUCUGCAUCAAGUGCAAGAGAAGCAAUUCACAGAGUGGAUGGGUUAGUCAUAUGAAAAAUCAAUGAGAAGUCUUAGAGAAUCCAAACAACCCAAACAUUAGUCAGAGAAUAUUCUUAUCAUUCCCUUUAAAAACCUAUACAUAAAUAUUGAAUAGAUCAGGGGUUCCCAAACUGUGGUCCGCAGAUGAUCAUGACCCACUGUAAAAAUACAGUUAAAAACCGCACCGUGUCUAGCACAGUGUAUUACAAUUGCUACAACAACCGUGGGGGGGAUAUUAAGUGGCCUGCCAAGACAAGUGGUCCAUGAGAAAACAAGUUUGGGAACCACCAAUAUGGAUCGCAGGGCCUUUUUGGUGACGGCACCCCACAGUUAAGGAACUCUUUCCCAAAUGGCUUUCCCCUUUAUUGGCCCCAUUUAGGCAUGAAGUUUCUUUGGAAUGUAAUCAUCCUUUUUGUUGACACUGCUACUCUGUGCAUAUCAUUAUGAUGUUGAUAGAAAUAUUUUUUUAUUGAUAUUGGUAGCCCGGGGGUAGCCAACAUGGUCUGUCCCGAUGUUUUAGACUACAAUUCCCACCAGCCCCAGCCAAGAUAGGAAGGAUAAUGGAAACUGUAGUCUACAGCAUCAGGGAGGGGAGGCACCCCUCUGUUAACUGCUCAAUGUUUCUGUUGAGAGAAGGGGGGGGGACAUCAACAUGGGGAGAUACGUAAUUCCCAGAGCAAUAUUUUAUCCAAACAUUUCAAUGGGAGAAGGCAUUGGUCUCUAAAACUGAUGGCAUCUCUUUUGUUUCCCUGCCAGGUUUCUCGAGAUGAACAUCUCCAUGAACAACUGCCUCACCCUUUACAGCCUGGCUCAUCAGCACAACCACCAGCCUUUGCUUGAGGCAGCCUCAUGCUACAUCAAGCAACACUUUGUGCCCCUCGCUAAGCAGGAAGCCUUCCUGAACCUGGAACCCAAAGCUUUAAUCAGCCUCAUCUCCUCAGACAACCUGGAAGUGCCCUCUGAGCUGAUCGUCUACCAGGCUGUGCGCAACUGGGUGGAGUUUGCGGCCUCCAUGCGCCUCCCGCUGUACAAGGAGCUCCUCGGACAUGUCCGCUUUUCGCUGCUCACCCACGAAGAGCUCAUCGACGUCCAGGCGGACACCGCAGAGUACUACAGGCACGUGCGUCUGAAGUGGAAGGAGCUGGAUGGGGCAGGGAGGCUCCAAGCGAGUGGCGGGCUCAGGAAGGGCAUGUACGACGACUGCCUUGCUUGCCUGAAGGUCGACGAGAGCAGGACCCAGGAUGGAGAUGACCCAGAAUCUUACCUGUACUGUUUCGACCCCAACUCAGAGAAGUGGGAAACGUUGCCACCGCUGAAGUACCUGAGCUACUCUGGAUGUGCCUCCAUGGGCUGCAAGCUUUACUUGUCUGGAGGUCAGAAGGCCGACUGCUCUUUUGUUGACACUCUGCAUCAGUACGAUUCCUUGACCAGCCAAUGGACACAACUCCCAUCCAUGUUCACAGCCAGGGCCCUCCACCCCUUUCUGGCCUGUGACAAAAAGCUGUAUGCUGUCGGAGGCUGCAGCGAUACUGGCCCUCUCUCUUCCGCAGAGGCCUUCAGCGUUGAGCAGAAUGCCUGGGCCCCAAUCUCCAGCCUGCCCCUUGCCGUGAUGUACCCAGCUUCAACUGUGCUCAGGAAUAAGCUUUACCUUGUAGGGGGGAAAGCCUCCAGGAGCUACAAGGGGCUUCUGAUCUACGACACAAAUGCUGACUGGUGGAAUGAGGUGCCCAUGGACUUUGCCUGCUACGGUGCAGCGGCUGUCUCGGUCAGUAACGGGAUAUAUGUUUUCGGCGGGUACACCGAGGAAAGGGGCAAUUUCCUGGUCCAGAGUGCCAUGGCCACUGAGGAGCUCCCCAACUGCACCAAAGGGAGCUUUUACCUCUUUGAGAAUGGCAGGGUGAGCUGGGAAGUCACUGUCCCAGAGCUACCGAUAGCCUUGGCUUUUUCUUGCGCGGUGGAAUGGCAAGGUAAGAUCUACCUGUUGGCGGGGAAGGACGAAACCCGCUCCUAUAAUACGAUUUACAGCUGGGUUCCAGAGGACACAAGCUGGACCCGGUGCCCUGAGGAAAUCCCCACAACGGCUUCCCAGGUGAGACUAUCCAGCAUCGCACCCCUGAAGAUGCCCAAAAAACCAAUCCAGCUCCUUCUGUUUGGCGCCGCACUGAGCCCAGCGGUAUCCGGGGUGGAUGAUGUCAAGAAGCAGCAGCUGAGCUCCUCUUCCUCUCGAGAGGGCUGCAGCCUUAACUGCUGUUGGGGUGGAAGAUGAUCCCCCAAACGCUUCAAAGGCUCCAUAUGCUUCCCUGUGUUUUUAGGAAUGGACUCCCAUAAUAAAGGUCUGUCUCUCAUCUGAAAGUAGGACUUUGCUUUGCCUCCAGCUCCCAUUUAUUUCAUUGGUGCUGCUCUCAGAAUAAUGGGGUUAAGGACAACAGAAACAGAAAAUCUUACACCUGUCCAGGAAGCUUAAUU